GUAUGUUUCUUAGCAUCCAUGUUUCAAUCAUAGUAAUACUCUAUAUGAUGGAAAAUUUCUGCAGCACCCAAGCAGUUACUUAACAAGAACCGUUAUGGACAAUUUUUGAAGCAGCUAACACUUUAAACUCCCAAGACUGAAGUCCCGCUACCUAAACAUUGGUUUCGCUAAGUUGGUAGUAAAAUAACACCGGAAGAGGUGACUGCCCUAUGACAGACGCCUGAUACUUAUUCAUCUAUGAAAAUAAACUGGUACGGCAGUUGUGUGUUUGAUAAGGCGCUGGGAAAGUCAGACGAGGUAAACAGCAAGCCGUGUUAUUAAACUGCAUCGUAAUACAUUUUUCUGAACAUCGUUAGCAAUUCUUACUGCUAUUAUGGAGGCGCUGCAAAGGCAAGAAGAGCAGCGGGACCAGUCUAAGUUAGUUAAUGAUCUGAGAAAUAAGUUCGUUAAUUUCCCUAUAGGUCGCAUGCUGUUAACACUUAUUAAGGAGGCUCCGGCAGAGAGCCGACCGCAGCUGACGAUCCAGCUCUUCGGAAAAGCGGGUCACGGCAAAUCCGAGUUAGUCAACUCCUGUCUGUGUGUAGCUCGCGACGAACCUUAUAAGAAUAAAUGCGGAGCCACAGAUUGUACAGGAGCUGUAACCAGAAAACGGGAGAUGUACACCCUGACAAGAAACAUCCGUAUUUGUGAUAACCGCGGGUUAAAAUGUAUGACUUCCCGUGAAUUUUACGAGAUGGAACAGCAGCUAAAAGGAAAGAGGGAUGAUCUCUCCAAAGAUGUGAACUUUGAGACAUCAUUCUUUGGUCGGUUGUUUGCUGUGAACACAGUAAAAGAAAAACCAGGCAACGUGUAUGUACCUGUCAUUGUAUACAAGUGUGACUCUCAUUAUGCAGAAGACCAAGUUCCAGAAUUGGUACCUCUGAUAAAAAUUAUCAUAAAUGUUUCUGCUUUUGCUGCUUUUUUUUCCUUGGGAAAGAGGCACCGUUUUCAACUUGACCAUGGAGCAAACUGUCGGUCCCAUGAUCUGUCUUCUUCCAGCCACAAAAAGAAAAAGUUAAGCAAACAACCUUUGCCUACAGCAGACUAGAAAUUUAUCUCAUCUGAAGGGAAGAAGCCAAUCAUUGUUCUUACAUGCUCUGAAGGGAACAACACCGCAUUAUUUAAACAGGCAUUCAAUGACAGCGGUUGCCAUGAUAUUCUUACUGUUGAAAAUUAUACAGAAAGAAACCCAAAACGAACACAUGACCAAGAUGCAGCUAUCCUUACAUUCCUGCUACAUUGCCUGGAAUUUGUACAGAAUGAGGUCGCAAAACCGAAGAGAAUGUAAUGCAAUGUUUUAUAUAUGAUCAGUAGCUUGAACUGUAAGGACUACAGGUCAUCACAGUUUUAUUAGCAUAUCUUUAUUUCUGUAAUGGUCUAAUGAUUGCUGAUUGCAUUUUAUCUUACUGCUCUGUAAACUGUCUGCAUAGCUUACCCUCAUAAUUGCAUAUGUUCAGGGAAUGUGGGAAAAUAAUACUCAGUAAAUAAUCUUUGCCAUUUUCACACACAAAUGUACUUGUAAGCACAAUGUUUUCACACCAGUGGAGCCUGCAAAGUUUGCACUAUAACUUCCAAUGGAUGGAGCCUAAGCCUUUUGACAGAAUUAAAUUAUGUUCUCACAUUUCAAACAGUGUUCAUAUCUCUGGAACCACAG